AGCACUUGUUUAUGAUGUUUAGAAGGUAAAGUGGGUUAAUUUUGGUAGACUUUUAUGUUGAAACCCUAUUAUGGGUAAUUGAAGGGACUUUUAUUUUGAAGGAGUACACCAGAGAGGAAGGAAGGCCUAGAGAAUAAAGUAGGCAAUGUUUGGAAGUUGUGCAUGCUGGUUCUUCCCUACAAGUUCUCUCCAGGAAAAGGUCUCCAGUUGAAACAAGGGUGGAUUUUUAUGGCUGCUAAGUUUCGAGAGACAAUUGGAUUACUUUUUUUUUCUUCUUCUCUUCAACCUUGGGAUUUAUCCAUUUUUUCAGGACUAUUCAUUGUUUCUGCAAGGACUGCGAGAGGCCUAACUAAGGACCAACCAAAGACAAGCAGCUAAGUGGUGAACAGUUGGUGUUUGUAUUUGCUGGCUUAAUAUGUGCAUUUGUAUUCAAUCUAGUUGUGUGGAAUUUUUUUCGUGUCCUUUUCUGGCCGCUUAAUCCAAGUCUUUCUAUUUAAACACAGUAUUUGAGUGCCGAACUUUAAUGUAACUGAAGAACUCACUGAGACCGAUUUGUUACAAUAUAAUAAAUAGUAGUUUUAGUAAUGUCACAGACACACUGAUAGAAUUGAGGCUACACAUCUAAUAUGUUUAAGAUAAAGUAACUUAUUUUGGGGAAAAUACUUUUUGUCUUUUGAGAAUAUUUCUUUGUUUACCAUGACACAGUUCACCAAUUUCCAACAAACAGUAGCACUAAUUCAGCUCUUAUAGGGUUUAACAGAAAUCAGACAAUAGUAUGAUGUUAAAGGUGACUUUAUGAUCCAGCUGAAAGGACAGAGCUGAGACAUUGUGCCUUGGUCGACUCUAGUGGAAUGCUCAUGUAGCCCCUGUCUCAGGGUUUAUCUAAAUCUAAAUGUCUGUUCCUCUAGAUUCGUUCAAGGAGCUUUUAGGGCAGAUGUCAGUUAAAUACUCAAGGUUGGGGGGAAAAAAAAAACCACUGAAAGCAUCAUAAAAGGGAGACAUUAAAACAAAUUAAUCAGUGCCACACACACACAAAAAUAAAACAGUAAACCAGGGAUGUAUAUUGUAGCAGCAUAUGUGAAUGCUUUUUCUUUCUGGCACUUCAGAGAACCCAGGUAGUGAAAAUAAACUGACAAUGACUUGGAACAACCAAACAAUACAAUUAUAACUUAAGCACUUUGAAAAUGAUAUCCCCAAUGUGUAAACGUUCAUUUUUUUCUUGGGAUGCGAAAAAAAGGGUAUGAAAGAAAGAUGUUUCAGUCCCGAGCAAUGUGCCUGAAGUAAAUUCUCAGUCCUACCACUUCCGCAGAAAUGAAAUAGGAGUCCUCAAGAACAGAAGAACCAAAAGCUGGAGAGUUGGUAAAUGACGACAAGGUGACAGUUAUCCAGAAGAGUCCAAUCGUGUCAUCCAACUAUUUGUCCAGGAACAACAACAACAAAAAGUCUGCACAACAUAUAUCAACACAACACUUAACAUCCCUUAAAAAAUUAUUACAUAUUUUUAACAUAAGAUUUUUUUCUUCUUUGGAAAAAGUUUAUAAAACAAACCAUCUUUGAUCAUUUAAAUGUGUUAGCAGUGCUCAAUAUGCCACAGUUACAUUUUAUACAUUAGCAAUUUUACUCUACAUGUGAAAGAAACACUAGAACAUGGGCAUUGCACGAGGCCUUGCACGAUUAGCAAAACUAGCAUCGUGAUGCUACACUUAGCGGCUCUUAGCAUAUUUAACUCCUCACGUUAACCUGGACAUCCAUACAUUCUAACUGGUUUUACUUAAAUAAUAAACACAAUAUAACAACAAAAUAGUCAAAUUAUGCAAGAACCUAUGUAUGUGCGAACACGUGAAAUUGGUAUCACAUGUAAUUGGCAUGUUAUGGAAUUUAACUAUGGCAAUAUAUUAACAUGAUAUAUUAACUAUGAUAUCUACACGUUUUCCAGGAACAUUUACAAGGUCAAUUCUUUCUUGUAUGAAGAUAGUGGAAAAGAAGGACAUGUAUAACAAAAUGGUUGCUGAUGCUGUUCAAGGCCGGAAAAUCAUCAUUUCUGAUCAUACAAAUUUUAGGCCUACCCAGAGAUGUGAGAGCGACUUACUCCCUGCACCAUUUUUUUCUCAACUGAAAAAGACUAUAAGAGAGCCAAGUAAUCAUCAGAAGCUGCCACCAUGGUUUUUUUGGGAAAAUGGAAAUGCAACCUGUAGCCAAACUGUUUGCAUUAUCUGCAGAGAAACUCCCUAGCUGCUCUUUAUCAUAUCUAAAAUGAUCCCAUUGUAUGACUCCAACACAAAAGCAGACUGUGCCCAGAGGGGACCCCAGUUCCUCACAGUAUUGGGCAGAUGAAGGCACAAAUGUACAUUGAAAGUGACAUUGAUCCCAUAAAGGGUUUCCAUUUCCUGAACAAACUCUGUUAGCAACCCCUUAGAUUCUGAUAUGUGCAGUGGUGAUAUAUUCUCACCGAGUAAAAGAGAAACCCCUUUUACCAACUUAAACCAGUGCUUCAGAUAUUUUUCAGGUAAGAACCCUUUCAAUGUUGGUAUGCUGUAAUAAGUUCUGGAAGGCACACGAGUGGAACAUAUGGUUGUUUUUUUCUCUUUCACUGAGCGGGGGACGUGGGAAACAUUACAUGGUGGUUUAAUUGAAGUUAAAAUGUCAUCAAUCUGUUCUGUUGAUCGUCCGAUAUACCAUGGCGAUUGGUUUUUCUCAGAAUGAAACCACAGCGUGGUGAUGCUUCUUGCUACACCCAGCAGCACACUGUGCAUAUAAUCUGGAACACAGCCAUCAAUAAUAUUAAAAUCAGGUAGACAAGACAAAAUACUAGGCCCUUUCACUCCCUUAGUGGGGUUUCCAUUAAGAGCCUCUUCUACCAGAUCAUCAGUCUGGGAGGGAUUCCUCAACUCUGCUUUUUCAUACGGAUAAGCCCUUACACGCCCCCUAACACACUUGUUCCUUUCUGCAUACAAAAAGAACACCCAAACUCUCCAUUAAACUGUUUAAAGUUCUGAAUCAGUGGCCUAGCAACUGAAUCUGCCACCAUGGUAGUAAGCAGUACUUUACUUGUGACAACUUCCCCACUUUCACUUUGCCAUAUAAGACCAUUAGAGUACAACUCUAUGCAUUCAUCGACAAAUGGUUUCAUGUAGGUGUUCAUAUUUGGUUUGUUUUGACCAAACCACAGGCCACAAAGUAUAACAUGUUUUGCACGUAGUUGUAUUGGCAGUUCAUUAACAGUACACAAAAUUGGCCACAAACUUUGACUUUUAACUGUGAUGGAGUACCAGUGCACAAAUCAAACACACAGUGAUCUGUUAUCUGGUGAUGCAAGGGGUGAUAGUUUUUUGUAUAAAUGUCCAUCGUAUAUAUCUUUGAUGGAGGCAUCCUUCUUCUCAAAAUGGUGUUUCAGGUGUUUCCCUAAUUGGUGGUCCUCAAGCAUUUUUUUUUAUUUUUUUUUUGGUUUUGUAGUGGCAAGUACAAAAAACACUCGUCUUUUUGUGCAUGCCCUUUUGAUGUGUUCUGGUCACAGACUGGGCACUUGAUAUUAAAGGGACAUUCCUGCAUGCUUACGUUGCAACUCUUGCACACACAAUGUACUUCUAAUAGGUCUUUCACUGAAUCAAAUGCUUUGUAGCAAAGGUACUUUGAGCGACUAACCAAUUCCCCACCAAUACCAGCAAUAAAGUUGAAAAGAUGCAUGAUGUCCUCCAAGGCUCUAUUUGUUAAUUCGUGUUUUAGUUUUAAUGCCAGCAGCAGGAAUUCCACCUGUUCUUUUGUUGGAUUCUGGUCUAAAGUUGGACUUGUGGGGUCUUCUUGAUGUUCCUCUACUUGCUCCCCAGGUGAAGAGCUAGGGCCAGAUAUGGGUUGGUUCAUCUGUGAAUUUAAAACAUUGGAUUAGCAAUCCCAGAUUUGCACAGACUCGUACAAAUGUGCCAUUUCAUGUAGUUGGUAACCACCUGCAUUUGAAGUCAGGCUCAAAUGUAUUUGUUUUUUUAUUUAAGAGUCUUUUGCAUUGAUUUUUUUUGUCAUAAAUUAUAUCAUAUCAUUAAUUAAUUAAAAAAAUAACUGUGCCCCCUUUUGUCCACAUGUAUAUUUUUCUGACACUAUCCAUCUGGCAAAACACAGUGAGACAGGUUCUGUCAUUUUGUAAGGGGCCAGCUGAUAGAGAUGCUGUAUUUGCACCUGAAUCAAAACCGAAAAGUUUUUUUAACAAGAUAAAAACAUGGGUAUCGCUGCAAUAUGGACAAAGAACAAAGUAAUAUGGUAUUUCCAAUUUGUGCUCCACUUUAAGCAAAAUCAGGUGGAAGUUUGGAUUGUGGAAUUAUCUUAUGAUGAUUUACAGUAACUAGUGUGCAUGCACAUGCACAAACAAAACACCUACCUGUAACUUGAAUAUUUUAGCCAUUUUUAGCAACUUAUGGUGUCAUCAGAAGCAGUAGACACCGGGUCAUCUUGAUUAUCCUCUUGGGUGAGAUACCAAAAAUAAAAAUAAAACUCCUUGAUCAUGAUCAAGAAAUAUGUAGGCCUAAUGCGCGUGUGCAAUUUUUCUACUUACUGAGUUGUAGAAGAAGAGGCCACAGCUUCUUCAUCACCCAUAUCUUCAGAAAUUUCCCUAACAAAUAUGUCGUGGUAAUGUUAAAACACUUCAUGCAUCACUCAAUAUAAUAGGAUUGAUAUGACUGGUUGAUUAAGUCCAAGACAAGUAGGUAAAUUCCAUUCAUUAGGUGAAACCUUUAAGACUGUAAAUUCAAAAAACACUGAAAUAUAUUCCUGGCUAGAGUUCCGACUUUAACUGUUUAUUUAUUUAUUUAUUUAUUUAUUUAUAGUUUAUUUUAUUUAUUUAUUUUUUGGGGGGGGUAUACAGUGGAAAUAAAGAUAAAUUUUAUCUUUAUACAAACAUAAGUUACUUAACAUACAUUAAGGGAAAUUAUGCCAUAUACGUUUACAUGGUAACGUUAUAGGAAAUAAUCCGUAGCUGGUAGCUUUGUUAGCUAGCUAGCUUCUAGCACGUUUUGUUACAAUACUUACUUUCGUUUACGUCUUCUCUUUUGUUCUUUCUGGAACGGGUGCUUCGUUGUCAACGAGGUACCUUUUGUAACGUACUGGAUCCAUAUCUAUUGCUUUUCUUGCGUCUUAUUUCCAUAACGUUAUUUAUACUGGCAAGCAUUUCUCCACUCUACAGCUACCGAUCGACCGCUACAGCGUCGCGUACUUGAUGACGUCAUCCGUCCGUUAUCCGACGUUAUUUCAUCUUUGGCGCCGAAAGGUAGUGGCUAAGAGUAAAAUGGCGAUAAAAGCGUUGGAGAUCCGCUAUGUCCUACUUGAAUGGACUGAGGGUGAGGAUAGAGGAGCCCAUAGUACUUUGCCCCUCGACUGUGUCCGGAAUUUUUCAGUUACAGAUUUUUUUGAAAGGACUGAUAAAACCGAGAAGCUGGUGGAAUGGCGAAAAGGCCGCCAACACUGGUCGGUGCACCGAGCCAGAAUUAUUGACAUGGCAAAACUUGAAAAAACUCUCAAAAUUAAACUGAUCGAGAUGGAGAAAGAGGGCACACAAUGGAAAAUAAAACGUCCUCACAUCCCAAACUCAAAGUACAGUGAGCAGCAGGGGCAGACUGAGAAGGCUUCAAAGAAAAAGGUUGACAAUAAAAAGGGAGGGGCUUCCAAAUACAAGCACCAGGAGGGUGAGAAGCAGGAGGAGGGUCAUGACAGACUUUCAAAGAAUAAGAUUGACAUGAAAAAGAGAUGGUCUUCUAAAUACAACCACAAGGAAGAGGAGGAGAAGGUGGCGGCGGAGGAGGAGGCGCAUCAUGACAGACCUUCAAAGAACAAGCGUAUUGGGGAUGAAGAGGACAUAGUACCACCCUCUAAGAAAAAUAUGCUACAUUGAAGAAGUGGCCGGCAGAUAGGCACAUCUAUUAAUUCGAAGUUCACGGAGCUGAGAAGAGCAACAAGAUAUUUUUUUCUGUUCAGUUUUUUGUCUUAUUUUUGUUCUUGUACUAUUUGAUUGUUCUUGAGUAAAUACAUAAUGUACUUACUUAGGCAACUUAUGUUGCCUAGCAGGUUUUUUUGUCUUAUUUUUGUUCUUGUACUAUAUUUUUUGUUUUGUACUAUUUCAUUGAUCUUGAGUAAAUAAAUAAUGUACAUUUCUA